UUAUCACAAUCACRGCAAGAAAAGAGUCAUUACAUAAAUUAAUGUACUGCUAAAACUGUCACAGCUCGGUGACCUUUUUGUCGAGUAAAUAAAACGCUCAAUCGUUACCAUAGCGACCUUUUCGUGUAACAUAACUUUGUAAAUGCUUUCAUGUUCUCCGUCUAUUUCUCUUUAUUCAUUUAAAACAAAAAUMGUACUUUGUUUAUGUCCGUGGCUUUCGUCCAGUGCAAACAUGCCAAUGAACCACAGAGGAGAAUCUGACAUGCUACGAGAGACCAUCACCAGACUUGUUUAUCGAACAGAAUAUUCAUCAAGUUACACAGGAGCAAACGAUCCAUUUCAGAACAUUUCUGUCCCUAAACAAAUCACGAAGAAGGCGGCAUGGGAGACAUCUUACAAACCUUUUACUUCAAGGGCGAUACAACUACCUGCACCAACUAAAUCCAUCGCUCCACAACUCAUUAACCUCCAAGGACUGGAACCKAAYACGACAUCCAGRAGAKCUAAAAGUGCAACUAAUAGACAUUGGCAGUUUUUUACUCAAAACCAGCAUUUUCCCCGUCCAAUCUCUGGGAUGACGGUGUCCAGUGGAGCAAGAACACAGCAAUUGUUACAAAGGCCCCAGAGUUUAGUAGCCCGGCGCUUACAAAGYCAGAUGUCCCGGUUUCCUAAAGAUUUUCGUUAUAUUGACAAACAGUGUUUCUUUCAUCCCGCUCAAGAAUCCAGCAAGACAUUUUUUGUGAUCAGCCCAGACUGGGUCUCGGAGCGGCAAAAUAAUAUACGAAAGAACAACGUAUUUAGUUAGUACCUCGCCUACAGUAUCCUGAUAGGCCCCUAUAAAAUAUGAUUUCAUUACCUCAUUGUCCUGAGUUUUUUCAGCAUUUCAAAAAAAAAAUAUAAAAACACCAUUA